AGCGAACUUAAAUCAAACACCAACCAGACUAACGCUAGACCUUUAUAAAAUGAUAAAAAGCAGCCAGCUAGCUUAUUCGUAUCUAUACAUUUACGAGGUAGAGGUACCACACCUUAUCGACUUUUUUUUUUGUUUCUUAAUCGGAGGCUUAUCCUACAUUUAUUUGCUUAUUCUCAGUUUUCACGAACGGCAGGAGUUUCUCCAAUCACGGUUAUACACUUUUGGCUGUUGGGAUCAUCACGUCUCCCCGCAGAAAGAUCCAUACGCGAUAUUUCUAUGGGUGUUAUUUAUUCAUUUAGUCUUGUCCAAUGAAUUUAGCAUGAUUUCGUUGUCAUAUUUAGUUAAAUGUUUUGUAAAUGUUCUCGUCCUUGAUCCAUCACGGUUUAACAAGUGCGCAUAG